AUGGAAUUUGGUUGUAUUGAUGAAGCAUUCAACUUUUAUAGUCAAUAUGCACUAUCAAGUGGUUUUGAACCUAGGAGGUUUUCACAUAGGACCGCUAAAGAUGAUUUUGGUGUUCAAUUUGUAAAAUAUAAGUGGAUUGUUUGUAGUAGGGAAGGUUCCAAACGGAAAAGAAGAAGUGAUUCUAAGCAGAGUAGAAAUAGACCAACUCAAAGGACUAGUUGUGAAGCUUGUAUUCUUAUAGUUUUUAAUGCUGAAGAGGCUAGUAUAGGACCUAGUGUCGGGUAUAGAAUACUAACUAAGAUUCAUGGUGGACAUGAAGCAGUAGGUGCUUCAAAGACUGACUGUCUCUUUUGGGCAGAUGAAGUUUCUAAGUUGAAUUACUAUGCAUUGGGGAUGUUGUAUCUUUCGAUGAACUUACCGUACGAUAUGGUAUUCAUUCCAUUCGCGGGAAUUGAUAAUCACAAAAAGUGUGUUACAUUUGGAGCUGGAAUGCUUGCUAAAGAGGAUAUUUCUUCCUAUAAAUGGCUCCUGAAUGAAUUCAAGAAUGCAUUUCCUCGUGAACCUAAGGUUGUAUUGACAGAUCAAGAUCCAUCAAUGAAAGUGGCUGUUUCUGAUGUUUUUAAGACGGCUAGACAUAGAUUAUGUAUGUGGCAUAUCAUGGAGAAGGUGCCUGUAAAGGUUUCUCACAUUAUUCUUAAGUCUGGAUUAAGAGGUGACCUUUUGAAAAUUGUGUGGACCGAUAAGAUUAAUAAAGAAGAGUUUGACAAACAAUGGCUUCAUGUUCUUACAAAGUAUGAUGCUGAUGAAAAUAAGUGGUUGAAUGACAUGUAUAAGCUUAGGUAUAACUGGAUUCCAACAUAUUUUCAAGACUGGGAAAUGUCGGGACUUAUGAGGACAUCAUCUAGUCAAAGAUGGGUUCAAUCUGAAAAUGAUCAAAAAUCGAUGUAUACCACUCUUGAUCUGGCAACUGAAUAUGCAUUGGAAAGACACGCUCAUACGUUGUUUACGCAUGAUGUUAUUUUGGAUAUCCAGAAAGAAAUGUGUGAGGCCUUCAAACAUUGCCUUUGUUUCAAUGUUUCCGAGUUGACUGAUGGUUCGAAGACUUUUUCAAUAACUGAUACAAGUGUCAAAUCAUGUGAUAUUGAUGACUCUAUUGACAGAGAUGCAAAUCCUAACUAUUUUGAUGAACUUGUUCAUCGUCAUAGCCAGGUUACUUUCAAUUUUGAAGAUAAAGUAGUAACGUGUUCGUGCAAAAAAUUUGAAAGAUGUGGGAUUUUUUGCAAACAUAUUUACUAUGUUUUGAGAUUAUGUGGAGUGGAAGAGAUACCAGAUGAGUAUUUGGCUGACCCAGCAAAACUUGUUCAAUUUAGAGACACUUUGGAAGAGUUGAAAAAGAAAGCUGGUGAUGAUAUGGGCUCUAAGCCUCCAAUGGGUUCAAAAGAAUUUAUGGCUGCAAUGACUGGACUGCCUCAACCUUCUUCAAAUGAAGUAACUAAUCCACAAAAUAUACGAAAUAAAGGUUGUGGAACUAAAAGAAGGCUCAAGAGUGACCGAGAAGAGGCUAUUUUGAAAGAAAAGAAUUGGAGAAAUUGUGCAUACUGCAAAUCUCUACAGCAACAUGAUAUUCGAACUUGUCCAAUCAGAAUUAAGGCUGAGAAGUUAGAAAAGGAGAAACUAAGAAAAAAAUGA